CUCGUACAGCAAGCUGUUUCCCAUUACCAGGAUCCUCAUGGAUGCGUUGAUGUGAGUGUCAAACAAGCAGUUCCUGUCACUUUUACAACAGUGUUUAGGUCGCAGUUAAGGUGUUUAGGCCGAUGGGAGGGGUCGAAAUGCCCAGAUUGAUUAAUCGAUUUUUUCGGGAGAUCAAGAUAUCGUCGACACUUAAUCAUGAAAACAUUGUACCUCUUUGGGGAGUUGCACGUCAAUUUGGGCUUCUUCCCGCCCUGGUUUCGCCGUGGCUAAAGAAUGGCACCCUGACCGAAUAUCUGCGGAAUCGACACGAAGAACUUUCUCGUGGCCAACAGUUUGCACUGCUUAGGGAUGUAGCUCGCGGCCUUGAAUAUCUCCAUUCGCAGUUGAUUAUCCAUGGAGACUUGAGUGGCUUCAACGUCCUUAUUGACGACGAUGGAAAAGCACGCCUCACCGAUUUUGGUUUAUCUGCUCUCAUUCCAGCGAGAAUGAGCCAGGCCUUAUUACCUACCGCUCCUGGAGGUACCCCGCACUGGAUAGCACCUGAAUACUUGAGGGCGGAUGCCAGCAAUGCGCCAUCCAUGCUCUCUCAGGCAGGCGAUGUGUACUCUUUUGGAGGGAUCAUGCUUCAGGUAUUGGAGGGAAAGAUCCCAUACCACUACAUCGCCAAUACUGCUGCUAUAUUUGGUCAAAUAUUAGCAGGGACUACACCUCGAAGGCCGAUUGUACCUGUUAUCAUCGAUGAUGACUGGGAUUUCAUCCAGAAAUGUUGGUCACCACAUGCAACAUCUCGUCCGUCUGCCACAGACAUUGUUACGGUUAUAGAGGCACGGGCUUAAUACAGGUGCCGGGUGAUGUAGCCUGCCGGAAUAACCGGGCACCAGACGUCCAGCUGAACGGUAGCGUUGUUCGCUUGCGGUACUUGUCUCUUUUCUCCCCUCAACUACGUCGAGUUCGUCGUACCAUUCGCACAUCCACAUCCUCACUCGCCCCUAUACCAAGCCUUCUUUAGUCCCAUCUGCCACUCCCUCGUAAUUUUUCUUUCUACCUAUUCUUCGAUUAGACAAGUCCUGUCCCGUGUU